AUGCUGGCUCGUUCCGUCCUGCGUGCUGCGCCCUCGCGGGCCAUCGCACGCAGCCUCCGCCAGCCCUCGCGGGCAUCUUCCACGUCAUCCGGCGCUGAGAAUGCGAGCUCUCCGUUUUACCUCACCCUCACGGCAACCGCUGCCACGAUCGCUACUAUCGGCUCGGCGGCCUGGUACUACCAUCUGUUCGGACAAGAGGCUUUUGCAAUGACGCCUGCUGAGGAAGGGUUGCACCCGACUCGGUACCCUUGGGAACACCAGAAAUGGAACAAGACCUUCGAUCACCAGGCCCUUCGCCGUGGUUUCCAGGUCUACCGCGAAGUUUGCUCAAGCUGCCACUCCCUCAGCCGUGUCCCGUGGCGCGCAUUUGUUGGUGUGAUGCACACUGUUGAUGAAAUGAAGGCCAUGGCCGAAGAGCACGAGUACGACACUGAGCCGAACGAGCAGGGCGAGAUCGAGAAGCGCCCUGGAAAGCUUUCCGACUACAUCCCGCCUCCCUACAAGAACGAGGAGGCCGCCCGUGCUGCCAACAACGGUGCCCUUCCUCCGGAUCUGAGCUUGAUCGUCAAGGGUCGUCACGGUGGCUGCAACUACAUCUUCAGUCUUUUGACGGGUUACCCGGAUGAGCCUCCGGCGGGCGCCCAGGUCCAGCAGGGCAUGAACUUCAACCCGUACUUCCCCGGCACCGGUAUCGCCAUGGCUCGUGUCCUGUUUGACGGUCUGGUUGAGUACGAGGACGGCACCCCGGCCACGACCUCUCAGAUGGCCAAGGACGUUGUCGAAUUCCUGAACUGGGCCGCCGAACCAGAGAUGGAUGAGCGCAAGAAGAUGGGAAUGAAGGCGCUGACCUUGCUGGCGGGUCUGUUCGCCCUGAGCGUGUGGGUCAAGCGAUACAAGUGGGCUGCCAUCAAGACGAGGAAGAUCGUGUACAACCCGCCGGUGAAACACUAA